GACCAGCAUACAAUGCUCCUUUUCCGGGAUUCCGUUGUCGGCCUAGGCGAGCUAAGCGAUAUGCUAUCGGCUAACUGAGGUUGGACCGAAACUACUCUCAUCCGUGAGCAAGACCACUCACCAUUUUUGUUGUUUAGCGACUUCCUUCAAUCUGCCAUCACAAGGCGUGGAGGAAUAACAUCACGAGGACAAUCUAUAAGGACAAACAUGCAUUAGACUAUGUAGCUGCCAUGUUGCAGAUGGCCGUGUUUCAAAGCUGCACAAUGGGAGAGAAGGUCAACGUGCAGAGAACGUGGAGGUGGGAGAGGUUUCUACAUCCACGCCUGGUUUCUACAUCCAGUAACACUCCAGUGACGUGCUCAGGGGUUCUUUUUGGAAAGAGUUGAUUUCUUUGUGGUUUUUUUUUUUUUUUUGGGGGGUGUGUUUCCUCUUCUUUUGCCACAUUGACACACAAACCGACGGCAGUGCUCUCAAAGAAUCCGGAAUGGACUUGGCUGGAACUUAGACUACAAUAGCAUUUUAGCAACUUGCCAAAGUCACCUUUGGACUUGGGUUUUGACUUUUCUCCAGUUGUAUAUCGCUGCUGACAGUUCGACAGUGUGGAACUGUCCCGCCUGCAGCCCUCAGCCAUCCUCAGCUUCCCCCUCCCAACCAGUGCCUAAAUAAGCUCCCUCGGGACAAUCACACAAGUCAUCAGCCGCUACCGUGCUCAAUACUUUGCCUGUUUUCCUCCAUGUGCAUCUGCUCUCCGCAUGCUGGCCCUUCAUCCGCUAAAUCUUUCAUUUUCUGCUCUCUUACUUUGAGAUUUUCUUUUUCAUAUUUUUCCCCCCAAGCCAGAUAAUCGGAGUUUGAGCACAACGAUUGCAAUUUAUUUGAAAACGUCUAAGUCUGCGCUUUUCUACGCACAAGCAGGGGUGUUACAGCUAAGACUUAAUUACCUUCUUGCACCCAGCGCAGUACCAUUAAAGCCAUACAAAAAUAUUUAUGAAUUUCCUAUACAUAUUUUUGUAUCACAUUGCUCCUGCUUUUUUAUGCCUAAAUUAUAGUCCUGCAUAGAAACAUUUAUAUUUACAUACUAUCUACAUGCAAGUGGAACUGUAUAUUGCUGUAUGAUUGAAAAGCAUAUAUAUUUGAGGGAGUGUUAUAGUGCUGUGAAGUGUUGCUGACUGUUUUCCGUUCAUAUAUGCUGCUUUGCUUCGGGUCAACCCAUGGCCUCUCCCAAACAAACACCAUAUUUGUCAUAUUAACUAGUAGAGCAGCCUUUCAAAUAGGUAGACUGUAGAAAUCUACCUCUCACCUGGUCUUCCUCCCACUGCUCCAUCUCUGAUGCCGGGCUUCAGCAGUGGAGGUGUCGGGGGAGGAGUGGCUGGCCAGGUUUCCGCUCCUCCCCGCCCCUUUAGACCCAGCCGAUAUGUUCCGGUGUCUGCAGCCACCACCUUCCUGGUCGGAUCCACCACGCUCUUCUUCUGCUUCACCUGUCCGUGGUUGUACGACUAUUUCUCCGCCGUCAUUCCUGUUUAUAUUGCCGUGAUCUUCCUCUUCACGCUGGCCAACUUCUGCAUGGCUACGUUCAUGGAUCCGGGAGUCUUCCCUCGAGCGGAGGAAGAUGAGGACAAAGAGGAUGAUUUCCGCGCUCCGCUCUACAAGACAGUGGAAAUCAAAGGCAUCCAAGUGCGCAUGAAGUGGUGCUCCACCUGUCGCUUCUACCGACCCCCGCGAUGCUCCCAUUGUUCGGUCUGCGACAACUGUGUAGAGGACUUUGACCACCACUGUCCAUGGGUGAACAACUGUAUUGGUCGGCGCAACUAUCGCUACUUCUUCCUCUUCCUGCUGUCACUCACCGCCCACAUUGUGGAUGUUUUUGGCUUUGGCCUCGUUUAUGUGCUGCACCACCGCCAGCAACUCGACACACCACAUGCUGCAGUCACUAUGGCUGUGAUGUGUGUUGCUGGUCUGUUUUUUGUCCCAGUUGCUGGCCUGACUGGGUUCCAUAUUGUGCUCGUGGCUAGAGGUCGGACCACAAAUGAGCAGGUGACAGGAAAGUUUCGUGGAGGUGUUAACCCCUUCACCAACGGCUGCGUUAGGAAUAUUUCACAUGUACUUUGCAGCUCACUGGCACCCAGAUAUACGGGUCGUUCCCGCAAGCCUCAGACAGUCGAACUACAGCCCCCUUUCCUCAGGCCGCCUCUCACGGAAGCACAGCUCGAAGCCAAGGUCCUGGAUAAUGGUAUCCAGAAUGAUCGACACAGCACAAGAUCAAAGAGCAGUUUGGAUCAAAUGGAGAGCCAGUCGGCAGACACGGAGCCUCCACCUCCCCCGAAGCCAGAGCUUCGUUACCCUGGGCUGCCUCGUGGUGAAGCUGAGGAAAGCAGCUUGUUGACAGAAGGUGUGCCCACACAGCCCAUGUACAAGUAUCGACCUGCGUACAACAGCCCAGGAAGGAACCACAGUGCCCACACACAUACCGGCAAGGUGAUCCGCGGGGAGAGUCUCGACUCUCCGUCUCCCUCUAUCCUUCACUCCAGCCGCCACCCCAGUUAUCGUUCGGAACCGAGCAGCCUGGACGGGACCACAGUGGUGGUGGGCGGUGCGGGAGCAUUCAGAGGGGGAGGGGAGAGGGGUGAGGGCCCCGGAGGAUUAGGCAGGACUGUCGUGUCGGGGGGUAUGUCAGGUUAUUCCCUGACCGGGCGCUCUCACACGUCAUACCCAUCCUCUCUGGUUCUGUCCACUGGGGGCUCCCACUCCUCCAGCCUGCGCUCAGCGCACAUGGCACACAAUCCUCUGGCCACCCUCCAGUCAGAAGGCACUACAGACACCAGCUACAAAAGUCUGGCUAACCAGACCCCUCGGAACGGCAGUCUGUCCUAUGACAGCCUGCUCACACCCUCCGAUAGCCCUGAGUUUGAGUCUGCCGCCCAUGAGUUGUCGCUGCAGAAGCCUCGUGCUCCGUUCCCUUCCUCGACGGGGGCUGCGGUCAGAGGCCAGCCGGAAGCGCUGUCCCCAAGUUCUCAGCUGCAGGGCUAUACGUCACCUUUCCUCUCAGCUCAGCUCAGCCAGCAGAGGGAGGGCCAUCUGCUGCAGGGCUCCGCCACUUUCUCCUCCCCUCACAGAGCCUACCUGCGUGCCGUCAGCCCGCCCCCUCUCUCCGGGCCUCCCGAGACGCUGCAACUGCUACAGCAUAACCACGACUCCUCUUCCAGAGUUCCCCGUAACAGUGUGUCCUCCUCGUCCUCCCCGGGGGCUCGCUCGCCAGAGCCUCCUGUCUCCCCGCCGCCUCGCGGCCUCUCCCUGGGCAAGUCCCAGUCUUACACUGGAGAGGCAGGGCCUCAGCACAAGCUUCGGGCCACCGUGGCGCUGGGAGGGGGAGGAGUCGGAGGAGGGCAUCAGCCUCCACAAUCGUCCUCUCGCACAAUCUUGGCCAAUCACACCACAUCUAAACCAGGGGGCGGAGUGAAGAAGGUGACCGGUGUCGGAGGGACCACUUACGAGAUUUCGGUUUGAGUGACAUGCACUCUUAUUCCACUGAGGAGGAGAAAAAGAUAAGUCACUGGACAACUUCCACUUGUCUCUUUUCUGAGCUGGAUGUUAUUCAUGACUGCGGAGCCAAAAGCACCGUUGCGUGCGCAGCCGUCUGCCCGGUAUCGACCGGCCUUUCCUUUUCAAUCUGAACAAAGACUGCACGUGGCUCUUGCUUCACAGGCACAGAGCGUUUGGAGGCCGUUUCCUCAAGGACAGAAGUCGCACAGAUACGGUUUGACGUGGUAACAUUAGGACACAGUAUUUUUGACCCCCGAGAGUGUCCUACUGAAUUCUAAGAUGGAUUUAUGAGUGUUGACCAAUGAGGACUGUCUUGCUUAUGGACCACACAUCCUGUCGAGUAAAAAGCGUUGAGAGCAUCCAACCUAUAAAACACACAGUAUCAUUUUAGUUUUAUAAGUCUUUGUUUUUAAAUAUGCUUUUAUAUAAACAUGUAAGAUCUUACAGAUUAUUAAUGGGUCCCGUCAUCAGGUGGUGAAGAUGACUUAUCGAUAAGGGUGGCAAAUGUAUGUGUCUCAUUGUUUAUUUUUAAUUACAAAUGUGUUGCCUGUUUAUAAUUGACGGCUGCAUCAGCCACUCGUGAGCUCUUGCCGGAAUUGUCGUGAUCCAAAGAGUCGACUUGGGGACGUGGCAAACAAUUGAGCUUUAUUUUCAAAAGCCACAGAAAAAUGUGGAGUGCAACGCAUCUUCGUUGAAUGUACCUGUGUAAUGGUUUUGUGCUUGAGGCGUUAUGCAAAAUCAGUUUUGUAGUUUUAAGAUCCUCGUCUGUCUUGUUUCCGAUGCUAGCCAAACUGUUUUAGUCUUAUCCAUGGAUGACCAGCCAGUUAGGGGCAGUGAGGGGUGGGCUUAUUUAUUUCACCAAACAGGAAAAACAAAACUUGUAGUUGCAAGCAAAACAUGUCAAACCAGUCGCUUUGAGUUGUUUUCAAGGCUUGGAUACGUUUUAAAGAACGAAAUGUACUAGGGAUGCACCGAAAAUGUGUUGAAAAGGGCCCAAAAAUAUACACUAUUUUAGAUUUUGGUCCCAAAAAAAACAUUGCAGACAUGGUAUUGCUCCUAGUGUUCGUACAAGAUUUGCUUUUGCGCUUACAUUCUCUUGUUGCGUCUGAAUGGUAUUUUCUCUCAGUCCAUUUUGGUUCAGCGUAAUAAGUUGCCUGAGUUAAUUUGACUUAGGAACAAGGUGAUGUGGGGGUGGACAGACAAAGUUAGCAGUGCGACACAUCGCCUUGGUCUGCCACCAAGGACUGCCCCUGGUGGCCACGUGUGCUUGGCUCGGAAUUUCUGAAUUCAGUUUUCAGUCGUGGGUUUCCUCAUAUUUAGUUUCGGCCACAAAUUUACAUUUCGGUGCAUCACUAGAAUAUACAGUACAGGACUGGUUUGCAAUAUUUUUUUUUCUUCCUUUAGAACAAUUAUAGGGAAGCAAAGCACAUUUUUAUUUCCUUUUUUUUUUUUUUUUUUAAACCUUUUCCUGACAUUGUGUAUCGCCGGUCUGAUUAUUAUUAUUUUUUUAAAUAUAUAUAUAAUAAUUCACACUCAGGCGUUGUCUACUAGGUACAAGUGACUUGAAAACCCACAGCUAGAGGUGUUGUAUAAUUUCAAAUUGACCAAUUCCUACUAUUUAAGCCUCUGAACAGUCGCUAUUCUGAUUUCUGCAGUCUUUCACGAGAGCAGAGUGGUUAUUCAUUCAUUCAUUCAUCCUCACAGGGUUUUGGUUAAUCAAAAUAUGACAUUAAUUUUUAAUUUGGAAAACACUGAUCGAACCAGGAACUGAAUCGGUUUUAAAAAAAAAAAAAUCUGGUCAAUACUUCAAUCCCACUCGUUUGAUAUUGCUUAAUUGUUUAGUUUUUACCAAACAAUUCAAAAUAAACAAAUGGUAGGAAACCGGGGGGAAAAAAACAUAAAAAAAUUAAAUUGUAUCCAGUUAAAUGAUGGAAUAAUUGAUUGAACAAUUGAUU